GCCAAAAGGACCUGUGGCCGCCGUCUGCUUCCUCUCUCCACAGACCCCCCAGUGACACACCAUGGACCCCAACGCCAUCAAGGAAGAGCUGCGCCUGUUUCAGAGCACCCUGCUUCAGGAUGGGCUGAAGGAGCUGCUUAACGAGAACAAGUUUGUGGACUGCACCCUGAAGGUAGGCGACAGAAGCUUCCCCUGCCAUCGGCUCAUCAUGGCCGCCUGCAGCCCGUACUUCAGGGAUAUCUUCUUCACAGAGGAUGGGAAGGAGGUGGAGAACACCAAGGAGGUAGUCCUGGAGGAAGUCAAUCCUUCCAUCCUGGAUAUGGUCAUUCAGUACCUCUACUCAGCCGAGAUUGACCUCACCGAUGACAAUGUCCAGGAUAUAAUUGCUGUGGCCAACAGAUUCCAGAUCCCUUCUGUCUUUACAGUCUGUGUAAACUACCUUCUCAAGAAGUUGUCUCUGGGAAACUGCUUGGCGAUCUUCAGGAUGGGCCUGGUGAUCAGCUGUCCGAGACUCGCUGUGGCCGCACGCAACUACGUCGCAGACCGCUUCGAACUCCUUUACAACGAAGAUGAGUUCCUCAAGCUUGCGGCCCACGAACUGUUCGCAGUCAUCGGUGGAGACUCAUUGAAUGUGGCGAAGGAGGAGCUGGUGUUUGAGGCGGUCAUGGCAUGGGUACGUUAUGACAAAGAGCGAGUCAAGGUCCUGAAGGAUGCUUUCAACUGCAUCCGCUUCCGCCUGCUGCCGGAGAAGUACUUCCAAGACAAAGUAGAGUCCGAUGAUAUCAUCAAGGCGGACCCGGAGCUCCAGAAGACGCUCCAGGUCAUCAGCGAUGCCUUCAAGGGAAAACUUCCAGAGACACCCACGAAGAAGGAGGGGGAGGAAGGUGCUGGCGUGGAAGGAGAGGAGGAGGCGGAGGAAAGCCCCUUCCCAGGUUUCCUGAAUGACAACCGAAGACAAGGCAUGUACAGACGCGAAUUCAUCGUCAUGAUUAAUGAUACCGCAUCGGUGGCGUAUGAUGUCAAUGAGAACGAGUGCUUCCUGGCGGCCAUGUCGGAGCAGGUGCCACGUAACCACGUCAGCCUGGCGUCACAGAAGAACCAGCUCUACGUCAUUGGAGGAGUGUUUGUGGAUGAACAAAACAAAGAUCUACCCCUCCAAUGUUACUUUUUCAUGUUGGAUCCCCUCAUCUCUGAAUGGGUCGCCCUGCCGCCCAUGCCUUCUCCAAGAUGCCUCUUCAACAUCGGAGAGAGCGACAACCUGCUGUUCGCCGUGGCAGGAAAAGACCUCCAGAGCAACGAGUCGCUGGACUCUGUCAUGUGCUUCGAUAUUGAGAAGAUGAAGUGGAGUGAGACCAAAAAGCUUCCUCUGAAGAUCCACGGCCAUGCUGUCAUCUCCCACAAAGGACUGGUCUACUGCAUUGGUGGAAAGACUGACGACAACAAAGCCCUGAGCAAGGUGUUUGUGUACAACCACAAGCAGGCAGAGUGGAGGGAGAUGGCGUCCAUGACGACCCCCAGAGCCAUGUUCGGGUCCGUCGUCCACAACAACCAGAUCCUGGUGGCUGGGGGGGUCAACGAGGAGGGGCUCAUCGCUUCAUGUGAAGCCUACGACUUUGCAGCAAACAAGUGGGAGCCCUACACUGAGUUCCCCCAGGAGAGGAGCUCUGUCAACCUGCUGAGUAACGGCGGCUCGCUGUACGCUGUGGGCGGCUUCGCCAUGGUUCAGAACGAGGACAAGGAGGUGGCUCCCACUGAGGUCACUGACGUCUGGCAGUAUGAGGAGGAUAAGAAGCAGUGGAGCGGGAUGCUGAGGGAGAUGCGCUACGCUGCCGGCUCCUCCUGUGUGUCCAUGAGCCUCAACGCUGCCAGGAUGCCCAAACUGUAGACAGAAGCACUUUCUUUCUUCCUGACCCCCGCCUCAUCCCCCCGCGCUGCCUCCGAGUCGUCUCAUCCUCUGCACUCACAUUUCUGUGUCGAGUUGACCUUUGACAUUCAUUUUUCUUUACUAUAAACACUCAGUUUCUCUUGAAAGACUGCACUAUCCCCACAGUAUUAAACAAAAAAAGACAUCAUAAUUAAGAUUGAUCUAUAGAACUCUGUUUACACCAUUUCUAGCAUUUCUUUUGUAAAAUAAACAUUUGUA